GCAUUCCGCUUUUUAGGGAGCUGCAGAUUUGAUCACCUUAACCAGCUCCUGAGGACAAAUAUGUAGCAAUAGAAGAAGAAAAGUUAAAAAAAAAGUACCUAAAACAUGACAGCAAGUAUUAAAAAAAUAAUAAUUUCUUACAGUCACAUUUGAGCUCCUGAAGCAGGGAGCUGUGUGUACCAAUUGGCUGUAAUUCCACAGUAGAAUUCAGUGGAAUAAACAAAUUCAAUUAAAAACAUUUUGCUGGCUUUCACUCAGAGACACGCUGGACGGUCUUUAGUCUUCAGUUUGGCUUUAAUACAGUGGUGAAGCACUAAGAUUACUCGAGGAGGAACCAAAAAAACCAUCAAGCAUGCUUACAUCAGAGCACCGGAAGACUCAUGGCUUCAACAGUGCAGGGAGAUUUCUCACCACUUACAAGAAGGACUAUGGACCCAUCAGGGAGCGCUACCCACAUCUGAACUCCAGAGAUGAGCCUCCUCCUUCUUCUGCCUUCAUGUCUUCAUUUGGCGUCCUCACACCUUCCAUUUCCGUGGCAACUCAGGAUGUUGGCUCCGCCCUGAUGGUACACUGGACGCAGGAUGCAGGAGUUGCCAGGGGGACUGAGCUCUUCGUUGGUCAAGAGGAUGAAAGUCAGCGGCGCCGUGUUUGUGAUGGAUGUGGUGGGAAAGCAAACAUGUUGCAGCAGCAGGAGGCAAACGAUACCAAGACUGAGAUUGUCUACAAGGGAGGUGUGGUUGUGCUGUCUUCCACCGACGGUCCAUCCAGCUGUAAUGAUUUUCUAAGAAAUUUACUGAGAGAAAGCGGACUGCAGCACCUGCUCAGCGCUCCUCAAGGCUGGUCUGCUGUUGACAUAAACAAAGAUGACCAACACUUGGAUAAGAGUGCCUUCUCGUGGGGUUUGAGCGCCUCCUCCCUCCAGAACCCUUUAUCUCAGGGCAGCCGCUGUGCAAGGGGACCUGAGUGCUUUGAGCUGAAAACCAUCUGUCAGAGCAGCGCCCUGCCUCAGGCCCACGUACAGCCAGCAACAGAGACCAGGAGGAAGCUACCGCAAACAGAAUACCAGUUCAACUAUGGCCCUAAGAUACAGAGUGGUCAAAGGAAGCUCUGUACUCAGCAGGAUGCCUUCUCCGAUCGCCCACCUUGUCACUGGUCCUCAGUCUGAAUCUUGACUCAAUACAGAUCAUUCAGAAAAAAAUGCUGAAUUUUUUGUAUUUUGAUUUAGACUUAAAGUGCAGCAUGUUAGUAUGAAAUGU